AUGGCAGAGAGGUCGCACAAGAAGACCAAGACAGCGCCGGAAGACGGACAAAUCAAUAUGUCAGCAGAGGACGGCCGGCGGCGUACAGGAGGCAACAUGGCGGCUGAAUCCGACUUGCUCGCGAAGCUCGAGCGUCGUCAAACGACUGCUGAACAAGCGACGGAACUAGAGAAUGGUCCAAUCAAUCCGUGGACUGACAAGCCGCUAUCAAACAAAUACUUUGGCAUCCUAGAGAAGAGAAGAGAUCUCCCUGUAGCGCAGCAGCGGGAAGAGUUUCUCAAGAUGUUCCAUUCAACACAGAUCCUUGUCUUUGUCGGUGAGACAGGUUCGGGAAAGACGACACAAAUUCCACAGUAUGUGCUGUACGAUGACUUGCCACAACGUGAAGGCUUGAUGGUCGCAUGUACGCAGCCUAGGCGUGUGGCGGCCAUGUCUGUUGCACAGCGUGUGGCCGACGAGCUCGACGUAAACCUUGGUCAAGAGGUCGGAUACACUAUUCGGUUCGAAGACGUCACGAGCAAGAACACUGUGCUCAAGUACAUGACAGACGGUAUGCUUUUGCGCGAGGCAAUGAAUGACCACAUGCUCUCAAGAUACUCCUGCAUCAUUCUCGAUGAGGCGCACGAAAGAACGCUUGCAACCGACAUUCUCAUGGGCCUGAUGAAGAAGAUUGCGCAAAAUCGACCAGACCUCAAGAUUGUCAUCAUGUCUGCUACAUUGGAUGCUCAAAAAUUCCAAGAGUACUUCUUCAAUGCACCCCUGCUCGCUGUGCCAGGUCGAACUCAUCCUGUCGAAAUCUACUACACGCGUGAGCCAGAAAAGGACUACCUCGAGGCAGCCAUCAGAACAGUACUACAAAUCCAUCAAGAUGAGCCGGAAGGUGAUAUUUUGCUUUUCCUGACAGGCGAAGAGGAAAUCGAGGGUGCCUGUAGGAAGAUUAGCCUCGAGGGUGAUGAGUUAUUACGAGAAAGAAACGACUGUGGACCCAUCAAGUGCUACCCGCUGUACGGUUCAUUACCACCGCACAUGCAGCAAAAGAUCUUUGAGGCAGCACCGCCUCCACUCAAGGCUGGUGGCGUUCCUGGCAGAAAAGUCAUUGUAUCGACAAACAUUGCAGAGACCUCCCUCACAAUCGAUGGUAUCGUCUAUGUCGUCGACCCUGGUUUCAGCAAGCAAAAGCUGUACAAUCCUCGCAUUCGGGUGGAGUCUUUGCUCGUCAGUCCAAUCAGUAAGGCAAGUGCACAGCAAAGAGCUGGUCGUGCUGGUCGAACCAAACCAGGAAAGUGCUACCGUCUCUACACAGAAGGCGCAUUCAAGACAGAGCUCAUUGAGCAAACAUACCCAGAAAUUCUGCGUUCCAAUUUGGCGAGCACCGUGCUCGAGCUCAAGAAGCUCGGCAUUGACGAUCUCGUCCACUUCGACUUUAUGGACCCACCAGCGCCGGAGACGAUGAUGCGAGCACUCGAGGAGCUCAAUUACCUUGCGUGUCUGAAUGACGAUGGAGAUUUGACGCCCUUGGGUCGCACAGCAAGUGACUUCCCCCUCGACCCAGCGCUUGCCGUGAUGCUGAUUUCGAGCCCCGAAUUCCAUUGUUCAAAUGAAAUUCUCUCUCUUGUGGCAUUGCUCUCUGUUCCACAAGUCUUUGUCAGGCCCAACUCUUCUAAGAAGCAGGCUGACGAGAUGCGCAAGUUGUUUGCGCAUGAAGAUGGUGACCAUCUUACAUUGCUCAAUGUAUAUCACGCCUACCAAGACAAUGGUGGUACCAAGGAAUGGUGCUUUGAGUACUUCCUGUCGCAGCGUGCUCUGCAAAGUGCUGAUAAUGUUCGACGUCAGUUGCAGCGCAUCAUGGAGCGGCAUGAUAUUGACCUGGUCUCGACGCCUUACGAGGACAAGAGCUACUACGACAACAUUAGAAGGUCCCUCGUAUCGGGCUUUUUCAUGCAGGUGGCAAAGAAGACGGAGAAGAACUACUACAUGACAGUCAAGGACGACCAAAAAGUCCUGAUUCACCCAUCGUGCGGUAUUGAGCGGCAACCGGAGUGGGUUCUGUACAACGAGUUUGUCCUGACCAGCAAGAACUAUAUCCGCACCGUCACGACCAUCAAGCCGGAAUGGCUUCUCGAGGUUGCACCUACGUACUAUGCGCUCGAUGAGUUUGCCAAGGGCGAGAUCAAGACUGCUUUGACCAAAGUUAUUGGCAACCUGGGUCGAAAGCAGGCCUUUGCCGGAGCAAAGCGCAAGAAGUAGCCGCUGUAUCUAGAGCAAUCCAUAUCGAUGAACCCCUUCUUGGUCUUGUUCUUGUGC